AUGACAGUUGAAAUCCCGAAGGGCCGCGUACAAACGCUUUCCGCUAGCGAACAGCUGCAUCUCAAACAGGUAUGGGCUCAUCUUUUCCAGCACUGGGGCAUCCAGGUGAAGAGCGAAAAAGUGCUUAACGGGACCGGGACGACGUCCACAAGCUCUGGUGCAUCUGGUGAAGCCAGUGGGACCUCUUCCACUGCAGCCGAUGAAGAGAAACCUAGCGCAAGCGCUGGUAAAAAAGCUGCCGGCAAGCUGUUUGGCAGAUUUCGCAAAAGCUCGAGCAAUGCGGACAAAUCCAGCAGUUCUGGCACUUCCAAGACUUCCAAGGAUAGAGCCAGAAACGGAUCCUUCACAUCUCGUCGUUCCGCAGAAAGCGUCGAGCAGAUGUAUCCAUCUGGCAUGAUCCACACUGCCCUCAAGGACCUGAAAGCAGAAGAAGUAAGCGAAAACUUCUGGGACAUGUUGCGCACCGACUACCCAGACAACUUGAUUUUGCGAUUUCUACGAGCCCGUAAGUGGGAUACGGACAAAGCUCUCGGAAUGAUCGCUCACACCUUACACUGGAGGUUGAAGGACAGCCAUCCGGACUCAAUUAUUCGCGGUGGCGAGUUGGAGGCCUACAAAAAGAACGAAACCGGGUACAUCAAAAACAUAGAGUUGUGCAAGGCCACUUUGCACGGUUUCGACCUCAAGGGUCGUCCCUUGGUGGUUGUAAGGCCCAAACUGCAUCAUUCGAGUGAUCAAACCGAGGAAGAGAUGAAGAAGUACUGUUUGUUGAUUAUUGAGCAAGCCAGGAUGUUUCUGAAGGAGCCCGUGGAUUGUGCCACGAUUCUUUUUGAUUUGACGGGUUUUUCCAUGUCUAACAUGGACUAUGCUCCCGUACAAUAUCUCAUCAGCUGUUUUGAAGCACACUAUCCUGAAUGUUUAGGCCACCUCUUCAUCCACAAGGCACCUUGGAUUUUCCCACCCAUCUGGAACAUCAUCAAAAACUGGCUAGAUCCUGUUGUUGCUUCCAAGAUCGUUUUCACCAAAAGUACCGACGAUCUGGCCAAGUACGUGCCUAGUAAUUACAUCCCAAAGUAUUUGGGCGGUGAAGACGACUACGACUACGAUAAAUUCGUCAAACCAGGCGAAGACGCAGACGUCAAGCUCAAGGACACGGAAACGCGCGACAAACUUUUGAAAGAACGUAAAACGAUCAUCAAAUCGUUCAUCGAUGCCACCAAAAACUGGAUUGAAAGCGCCGAUGAUGAAUCCUCUGCCAAAUGGCUGAAAGCUAAGAUUUCCAUCAGUCAAGAGCUAACGGAAAAUUACAGAAACUUAGAUCCGUACAUCAGAUCAAGAUCGACUUACGAUGUUAAUGGAACGCUAAAAGUCUAA